AUGGCCAUCGCCAACGUAGCUACAGAGUAUGUGUUCGGUGAUUUUCGUCAGAAGGAGCAGAAGCACCGCAACGUGCGAACUGAGCUGGCUGUGGACAAGAUGGUGACCUGUGUGGCAGUGGGCCUGCCCCUGCUCCUCAUCUCACUGGCCUUCGCCCAAGAGGUUUCUGUUGGUACUCAGAUCAGCUGUUUUCCCCCGGCCAACUUCUCCUGGAGGCAGGCUGCGUACGUGGACUCGUUCUGCUGGGCGGCUGUGCACACACACACUAUGCCCUUGUGGCUGCACAAGUUCUUUCCUUACGUCCUGCUGUUGGUGGCCGUGCUCAUGUACACUCCUGCGUUGUUCUGGAAGUUCUCCGCGGCGCCACUCCUGCAGUCGGACCUCAGCUUCAUCAUCGAGCAGCUGGACCACUGCUACAACCGCGCAGUGACUCUGGCCAAGCGCAUGAACACCUCAGACAGCGACCCCACCGAGGGCUGCUUCAACUACCCACUGGUGGAGAACUUCCUGUCCACCAAGCGUCACUCGCGGCUGCUGCUGUUGCACUACCUGCUGUGCCGAGUGCUGACUUUCAUCACACUGGUGUGUGCCUGCGUCUACCUGGGCUACUACCUCCGCCUGGCCUCCGUUACGGAUGAGUUCAGCUGCGUCCUGCGUGUCGGCCUGCUCACCUUUGACCCUGGUGUUCCUGAGAAGGUGCAGUGUAAGCUCAUCGCUGUGGGCGUCUUCUCGCUGCUGAGCCUGGUCAACCUGGUCCUGUUCAUUGCACUGGUCCCUGUGGUGGUCUAUGCUGCUCUCCGUCCCCUCCUCUGCCACGGAUACGCUCAGUUCCUGGACAGCUACCAGUCGCUGCCCACAGUCAGCGUCCUGCCCACGCCUGCUGGCCAAUGGGACGACCUGUCUCUGUAUCUGCUGUUCCUGGUGGAGAACAUCAGUGAGCUGAAGUCCUACAAAUACAUGAAGGUGUUGGAGCUUUUGAGGAAACAGGGUCAAACCUGUGGAGACAACUUUGAUGCCAUCAGUCUGCUGCAGACGCUCUAUGUAGUGAAGAUGGACAAUGUGGAUGGGAAACGUCCUGGUGCUGCAGGGAAGCAGGAGCAAGUAGCAAAGAAUGCCACUGACUGUGCUAGCAUCCCUCCAUCCAACGCCGGAGCGGCGCAGAGCCUCAGCCUUCACAACGACACCAAGAAGGAAACGGAGAUGAAAGAGCUGACACCUUUGCUGCUGAGAACCGCUCACGUAACGAGCAGGAGCGGCGCCGAGGGAGGGCCUGUCCAUCCGCCGGCCAUGUGACGGGCUGGGUCAGCCCCCGCCCCCGUGGAGCGACAGACGCUGCAGCAGCUCGUCUUCUAGACGGGGACUCUAAGGCUUCCACGGGUUUCAGUUUGAGCUUUCAGUGUUUUUGUUUGGAUGUAGAAUUAUUGUGAAUGUGACCUCGUUAAGCUGAGGAUGAACACACUACAGUGCCUCAGUCCUGAUUGCUGGUCUCAUCAGGUGGGCGGUUCUGUGCCCUGCCAGGACUCUCACAAUGAGCCAAUGAGAAACGGCCCGUCCUUAUAUGUGUGGGUUUGAUUUGACUUGAUGCAUGAGUGGACGCUUGCCGCCUCAGCCGGUGGGACGCGGUGCAUGGGUACGUUCCACACGUUGGUUGGAUUUGCUCGUGUCUUAACGCAGGAAUGAGGGCGUGUCCAGGCUGCAGUCGUGUGGUUUGCUAUUGACAGUGUAAUGUAUUUAUUAGUUGUGGGAAAAUGAGCAAUGAGUGAAACCAACCAAUGAUGAGUUAUUCACUGGCUGCUUUGAACCUUAUUCAUGUUCUAAAGACAAGAAUUCUGGAAUGGUUCAAACCUGUUUUUCAACUACAGCGUAUUAGUUAUUAAUAACUAAUAUUAAUAAUAUAGGCUUGGAUUUCUCCAAGCUUUAGUUGAAUCGUUUGUGUGAGUUUCUUCUGUUUCUUGACUGUUCGGACGUCUGACGGGAAGUCCACGUGCCACUUUGGGAACCUCAAGAAUAAACAUACCUCUUGCUUC